CCGAAGAUACUCAACGGGGGUAUAGCGGGAAUUAUCGGCGUCUCCUGCGUUUUUCCCAUUGACUUAGUCAAAACGCGACUACAGUCGCAGAGUGUGUCGCCAAAUGGAGUGCCGCAGUACAGUUCAAUGCUGGACUGCUUCCGGAAGACCUACCGAGCGGAGGGCUUCCUGGGCAUGUACCGCGGAUCGGGCGUCAACAUUCUGCUGAUCACCCCGGAGAAGGCCAUCAAGCUCACUGCAAAUGACUUUUUCCGCCACCAGCUCUCUGAUGCGAACAACAACAUCACCAUUCCUCGCGAAAUGGCCUCCGGUGGCCUGGCCGGCCUCUUUCAGAUUGUCGUCACCACGCCGAUGGAGCUGCUGAAGAUUCAGCUGCAAAAUGCAGGCAGAGUGGCCACCACCACAGAGGCGGCGGCAGCCACUGCGGCAGGCAUCGCCGGGGCCAGCCAAAUUGCCGCCCCUCCUCCUUCGGCGACCUCCAUCGCCCUGAACCUCAUUCGCUCGAAGGGCAUCUUCGGACUGUACAAGGGCACGGCGGCGACGAUGUUUCGCGACGUUUCCUUCUCCGUCCUCUACUUUCCCCUCUUCGCCAAUCUGAACAGCCUGGGGCCGAAGCGGGCGGGCAGCGAUGAAUCAGUAUUCUGGGCGUCAUUCCUGGCCGGCUGCGCCGCCGGAUCCUUUGCUGCAGUGGCGGUCAAUCCGAUUGACGUGGUGAAGACGCGCCUGCAGACGCUGAAGAAGGCCGAGGGUGAGCAGCAGUACGCCGGCAUUCGUGAUGCAUUCCAGCGGAUCUUGCAGACGGAAGGCGUGAAGGCCUUCUUCAAGGGCGCCAUGUGCCGGGUGAUGGUGAUUGCCCCUCUCUUCGGCAUCGCACAAACAGUAUACUACCUUGGCGUCGCCGAGUACUGCCUCAACCAGCUGGGCGUCGAAAAGUCCACGACCAAUGGCAGAGCAAAGGCUGCUGCCAGCGAGUCAGCAAACAAAAGUCAGCAACAUAGCAGUAAGCUGUAA